CCGUCUACACCGAACUAUGGAUGAGCUCAUCACCUAUAUCAAGGGAAAAGGACACGACACUUGCAGCUGGAUAAGGCUGAUGGAUACCUUCGACAGGUACUCAAUGGACCAGCACGUCGUCAAUAAAUCAUUGGAAGCUCAACCAGUUCCUUUAGAGCUCCUUAUAUUUACUAUAGAUCAAAGCAUCUCCUCCCCGCUAUUUGCCAUGAAUGCUGACGCCUACCCAAAUUUGCUCGACUUGAUCACUAGUGUAGAGCAGUACCGACGCGCGCUUCUGAAGAAGGCAGAGGACGCUAUUGUAUGGGAUAGAGCCUGUAUUGGUAUGGGACAGACUGAUGAAGCUCUUACAAGUGUGGAGCGUGCGUCAUUACAUGAUAUGGUGAAUCUGGCAGCGAAUCAGAGGGAGCUCUUCAUAGCGAUCGUGGCGGACCUAUGCAAGAUGGAUAUAUUUCACUUGCUCCGGUCCAAAGACCACCUUCUCACCGACGUGAUGUUGCGGCUCAGCCAGUACUUCCCAUGGCUACCCUCACGCGGCGAUCUUGAUGAACGCGAAUGCAACCUUUUGCUUGAGGCCGGAAAGUCGUGCUGCCAGACUAUCGUGAAUCUCUCCGAAUGGGCCAAGAAACAAGACUCUGAUGAUAUACGCCCUCUGGUCACGAAGAGCGAUGAAGUAUCUAAUAUCAUUCCCGAAUUCGACAAACCAAGGCUGGUCAGAGCCAUCCAUCGCUAUACGGACACUGUCAAUGACAUGUAUUCGACGCUCCACGAAUUCUUCCCACUUACUACCGACAACUGAUGCUAAUGGACGUUCGCAUAUUCUGGAGCAUUCCUUCUGUAUCUCAUCGCUAUCACGAUAAUCAUUCCAGGUCCAUGGAUGUUACGGCGGCUCAUUUGCUCUUCCCUUUGCGCUUGGCGAGGAUCCGGAAGCUCACAAAAGCAAAGUCAGUCCAAUUCACGUCAAUGAUGAUUCACAGUAAGUAAUUCUCAUCGUUUACCUUAAAUUUCAGUGAAUAUGCGUAUGCUGUCUUGCUCCACUUGGUGAUGCUAUGAAGCGGGGCUGCCUUGGGGCUUACGGUGUCCCUUGUCGUAGAGGAAUAUCCAAACCAAAUUGGGAUGAAACAGUGCUCCCCGCUCUCGUGUCACUUGUACAAGGGAUUAGUCAAACGUAGGGUGUUCAGUAGUCGGUAUUCGGGACAACUGCAGUCUUUACUAAGGUGCCAAAGCACGUUGUAGUUUCUGUGAACGCACUAGCCUAACCAUUACACAUAUGAAAGCAA